AUGAUGGACGAAGACAUCCACGCUAACUCAACGUAUGCCUCGAUAACGCCGUCGACUGUUAGUUCAAACCAUGAGCCCGCACGUCUGAAAAGAGUUUCCGAAGCCCGUUUGUUCUUGACACUGAGUUCCCGCGACAUGGUCUCGCCCGGGGUGGCGCCGCCGGACGGUGAUGUUACCACCACGCAGAGUCAGACGGUCGGCCAAUCCGUUCAGCGUGCGAGGGCCUGCGACUCGUGCCGUGGGCUGAAGGUGCGCUGCAUCAGCAACGACUCACACGGGCCGUGCCUCCGAUGUCGCAAGGCAACAAGAGUAUGCGUCACAACCGUCCCCCCGGCUGGCUCGAGGAAGAUGAGGAAGAAGACGGUGAGCAGGGUCACGGAGCUUGAGAAGAAGAUUGAUCUCUUGACGGCCAGUCUACGCGCGGGGGGCGCCGAAGCCGCCGUAGAUUCGCUCGACAACAGCUCGGCAGGAGGUGGCGGCGAAAGCAACACACCUCCUACUGGUGGCGCUGCAGGAAUGCCCGCCGGGGACAUCGUUGAUCGCGGCAUCAUCAGUUCUCAAAAGGCUGACGCUCUCUUGUCACGGUACAACACCCAGCUCGUCCCGCACAUGCCGGCCGUCAUCUUUCCCUUAGAUCUUACUGCGACAGAGCUUCGCGAGACGAGGCCCACGCUCUUUCUCGCCGUGGCAACAGCCGCGUCGACCGAUACACCGGAGCUGCAGCGGUUGCUCUCGCGCGAACUCACCAGAGUGUUCGCCGAGAAGAUCAUGAUCCGCGCAGAGAAGAACCUCGAGCUCGUCCAAGCUUUGCAAAUUACAGUCACAUGGUAUUGGUUGCCGGAUGAAUACGACCAAGUACACAUCUACCAUUUGACGACAACCUGCAUCUCCAUGGCCAUUGACAUUGGAUUGGGCGGCUGUACACCCUUGAAGCCGACAGUGCCAUACGGGGCAUAUGCAUUCAGCCGCGCAACACAGAUCAGCGCGAUAGACCCGACGGCGCUUGAUGCCCGCAGAACCUGGCUGAUGUGUUAUUUUAUGGCAUCCAACACUGCCUAUGCCAUGAAGCGGCCGCUUCUCUUGCGUUGGACAAGAGCAAUGACCGAGAGCCUUGAGGUACUUCGUACAUCGCCCGAAAGGUACGAGACGGAUGAAUAUCUCUGUGCGGUCGUAUGGGCGAGCCGUCUUGCCGAAGAUAUUGACCAGUACUGCGGCUUGCCGGAUGACCCUGAUGAGAUCUUCAAGGCACCGCAGACCCUGUAUUACCUCAGGAAACUCGAGCAAGAUCUGUGCACCUUCAGGGACUCAUUACCAAAGGGCAUGGCACAGGGAAGUCUCCGAAUGGUCUUCAGUGCCAUUCCGCUUACUGUUUACAAUAACGUGCUUCGGAUUCAGCCUCCUGAGGAAAGGCAACACAAGACAAACGUCGCCGCCAUACCAUCAAGAGCGCCCCGUAGCGUCAUCAUGGCUGAUUCCGCCUUCAUGACCAUGGCUAACACCGACGCCAUUUCAAGUUGUCUUUCGCAUGUCGACAUGGUUUUGGGCGCAUUUCUGUCCCUGAGCCCCGAGGUCGUCCGAAGCCUCCCAACCUUCGGCAUCAUGCGCGCCGUCAGGGCAGCGAGCAUGCUUGUCAGAUUACAUCUCACUCUUGUUGAUGAUCCGCAGCUCCUGAGCCCGUUCAGGAGGGAAGACCUCCGAGCCGGGCCCUGCAUCGACGAGCUGCAGCACCAUUUCCGCGCCGCCGCGGAGGGGAACCGAUGCAGGACCGCCGCCAAAUUCAUUGUCGUGCUCGCCAUGCUGAAGGACUGCAUGGGGAGCAAUCGCGGCGGUCAUGGGCCCCCGGCGCGGUCAGACCAAGCACAAGAGCAGCAGUCUCUCGAGACGCCGCUACAUCUUCUCUCGCACGCUGCUGCCGCCGCGACGGCAUCCGGAUCAGCGCAACAAGGGCCUGGGAUCGGCGGCAACGCUGAACGGCUCACGUUUCCUGGUCCGAACGGCCAGCCUUCUUCGGUUGCGCCCUCUGUCUGGCAAGAUUUCUCCGGCGGCGCGCAGGCCCUGUCCCUCCUGCCUGGUCCGCUGGCUUUUGAUACAGACCAGUUCAUGGCGCUCUACGAUCAGGACCUCGCCUUCUCGCUCGGUCUGGACUACAUGUACAGCGGCGACAGUAUGCCCCUGUACGCCGGAGAGGCGAGUACCGGGUUUGAUGGGACCUCGGCACAGACUCACAAUAUGAAUAGCUAA